AUGGAGUCAAAUAAUACCAAGGACUCAACCCUCAAGACCGGGUAUGCGGCUUCGGCAGUCCCGGAAGUCGACAUGGACAAGGGGCAGGUUGCCCUGACGGGCGUUCCGGACAUGCACAUGAAGCGAAACUUCAGCAUCGUCAGUAUCAUUGCGUUGGGAUACAACAACACCAACAGCUGGGUAGCCAUUGCCACGAGCUUUGCCAUUGCUAUCCAGUCCGGAGGGGCAGUAUCUCUGCUGUACGGUAUUAUUGUCGUCACUGCUGCCAUGUUCUGCACGGGUGUGACGUUGGCAGAGCUGGCCAGCGUGUACCCCACCGCUGGUGGCCAAUAUCAUUUCACAUCUAUCCUGGCCUCUAAGCGAUGGAGCCGCGGGCUGUCAUACUUCAGUGGCAUGGCUGCCGUGUUUGCGUGGAUUACGCUUGGGGCCUCGAUUGCGCUGUCCGGGACCGAGGCCCUCAUGGCCGUUGUGAUCCGCUGGCAGCCGUCAUAUGAAGCGAAGAACUGGCACUAUUUUCUAGUGUACCAACUGCUGAACGCAAUUAUGGUCCUCUACAACAUUCUCCUGACCAACAAGACUCUUUGGGUGUACAAUCUAGGCUUCAUCCUGUCGAUCUCGACCUUCCUAGCCAUAAUUAUAACCUGCCCGGUACGCUCCUCUGCGCAGGUCAACACGUCUGAGACUUGGAGUCAGUUCGUCAACGGCUCGGGUGGAUGGCCGGAUGGCAUCUCCUUCUUGACCGGUCUCUCCACCCCGCAGUUCAUGUUCUCUGGGCUGGACGCCGCACUUCACCUUGCAGAGGAAUGCCUUGAGCCCGCACGCAUUGUACCCAAGGCUCUCAUUGUUACUGUCGCGGUGGGACUCCUGACUGGGUUUCCUUUUGCCAUUGCCAUUCUCUACAGCUACAGCAAUGUCGAAUCAUCCCUCAGCACACCUACAGGUUUUCCAAUUUACUUCAUUUGGGAGAAAGCCACCCGCUCCCCUACUGCAGCCACCGUCUUUAUGGCUGCGUUAGUUGUCGUCUCCUUUGUCGCGCUCAAUGCGGUGCAUCAGACUGCCUCUCGACUCACGUGGUCAUUUGCCCGCGACGAUGCUCUGUUCCUCUCCAACCGUCUUUCCACCAUACAUCCUACCCUCGGGGUGCCAGUCUAUGCGCUUGUCCUUGACGGUAUCGCCGUGAUGCUAGUUGGAAUUGUCUACGUUUGCUCGACAACAGCAUUCAACGCCUUUAUCAGUACAACGGUUGUAGUAGCUCAGAUCUCUUACGCCAUCCCCGCGGUUCUACUACUCGCUGGGCGCAGAGAUCCGCAGUACCUGCCCCCCGAUCGCUUGUUCAAAGUUCCGAGCGUGGUGGGCUAUGUUUCGAAUGUCAUCUGCGUUAUCUGGGCGAUUAUCCUGACGAUUUUCUUCUGCUUUCCUACCGAGCUUCCCGUCACGGGCAGUAAUAUGAAUUACGCUUCCGUUGUGCUGGUGGUUAUGCUGCUUUUGGGAGUCGCGAACUGGUUUGCAUACGCCAGGCGACAUUACCACGGGCCACGAUUAGAGAUGUAA